CCACCUCUAGGCGACGAAGUCUUUACCCUCCGCUAAGCGUCACGUGACCCACGGGAUCCUGUCGAUUUACCCGAAAGGCAUUGCGCGCAUGUUUCGCGGAGGUCAAGAUGGCGGGGAGGGCACCUGCUGCAGCUGGUGGACGUCUGCUUGAUGGUCUCCGCAAAUGGUAUUACAAUGCUUCUGGAUUCAAUAAGCUUGGUCUUUUGAGAGAUGAUACAAUGUAUGAAGAUGAUGAUGUGAAGGAGGCACUAAAGAGGCUUCCUGAAGAUAUGUAUAAUGAGAGAUUAUUUCGCAUCAAGAGAGCAUUAGACUUGUCCAUGAGACAACAAAUUCUUCCCAAAGAACAGUGGGGAAAAUAUGAAGAGGAGAACUAUUAUCUGCAGCCGUACCUGAAAGAAGUCAUUCGUGAAAGACUUGAGAAGGAGGCAUGGGAAAAGAAGUAACUUUCUUGCACAAAUGCUUUUCUAAAGUUCUUAAAUAUCUGGGUGCCGAGAAAUCUCACAUAACAUUAUGAUCGCUCAAGAUUUUGUUCAUCCAACUGAAACAUUACUAAACUAGCUUGGAAUCCUUUCUCCUAAGUUGCAAGGAAUUGGUUCAAGUCCUUUUCAGCUACAUUGGAUGCUGGCGGGGUAAUCUGUGAUCUUCAUUCCAGCUGUUUGAGUAAUUCUUUUUGUCAUAAUACAGCUGUUUCCUGCAGCUGGGAGCGUGGAUAAGCAACAGAAUUUGCUGUUUUUUGUCCCCACUCUUUGGGCUCCCUUCUUUACAAGGGAUACCCAUCUGCACUGUGUCUGCACACAUCCAUCAUCACCUCUUGUCUCUGGAGAUGGGGAUGCAGGCGCAGACUUCAGCAUUCAGCAGCAGCCCUAGACGGGUUAUGUAACCUGUCACGUCUACCCAAACAAACGGAAUGGCACAUUAAUAGAACCUUUUGGAAUGUUUGUGUUUCCUGCCAAUCUUGAAAUAAAAUUGCCUCAUUUAACCCAAA